AUGGCAACAGUAAUGCCAACUGUAGAAGUGAAAGGCUGUGCAUUCCACUUCACCCAGGCUGUAUACCAACAUAUACAGCAAGUUGGUCUCCAACAAGCCUAUCAAACCAACGACGGAACCUUCAAAUUGUUGAUGAAGGUGAUGGCUGUGUGCUUCAUCCCAGGGAAUCACAUCCCAGCCUUGUUCCGGCAACUGCAGAUGGAGGCAACUACAGUCAGUCUAAAAGCCCUGUUUGAAUAUGUCGGCAAUACCUGGAUCACAAGCGCUGUUUGGCCACCAUCAUCUUGGAGCGUCUACGGACUCAGUAUCCGAACAAAUAAUGAUGUUGAAGGGUGGCACAACAGACUAAAUAAACGUGGUCGCCCACAUAUGCCAUUUUAUAUGCUGAUUACCCUGCUAUUCAAAGAGGCCAGAUUGGUACCCUUGCAAGUUCGAUUGGUGAGCGAGUCAAAACUGCAACGUCACCAAGAAACAAAAUACCGGGAUCUUCAAAAAAAAAUCUUUAAGUACUGGGGAGAAUAUGUGGAAGGCUCACGUAGUGCGCUGCAGCUUCUACGUUCAUGUUCCAAAUUAAAUGGACCCGUCCAGUAG